ACCAUCUCUUAGAACGAGAUUGUCAUUGGAAAGCUACAUGCUGAACCCCUCGGCCCAGAAAGAGUUAAUGUAACUCUAUCAUGAGUCUACCAUGCCUGUGAAGGUAUUUAAGGGGCACGAUUUCCUGGAAGAUGCUCGAUAGUGGAAGCAAUUCUCUUGUGAAUUUCAAUUUGACACAUGAUGGCUCGUUCGGAUGAUGUGUACACUGAUGUCCCGGGAACUGUAUACCUGGUCGAUGCGUCCGCAUCUUUAACAGGUGCUGCCCAUGCAGGGCAGGAUAUUCUCCUGAUCCCGCAGCCUUCAUCCUCCCCUGCUGAUCCUCUGAAUUGGUCUAGAAGCAAGAAAUACUGGUCUCUAUUUCUUAUCUCUGCCUAUGCUUGCGUUAACUCCUUUGGCGAAAACAACUGGGAACAUGAACGGGGUUCUGCCCUCAACUACCUCUUGCUUGGAUUCUUCAAUGUGAUCUGGAUCCCCACGGCAAUGAAGCUUGGACGAAAGAUUGUUUACAUUCUGAGUUUGCUCUUCGUUCUCGGCAGCGGUAUUUGGGGUGCGUUCUUCGAAGGCACAGCCCAAUACUAUGCUAUGCUUGCAAUUGGUGGCAUCGGAACCGCCGCAUAUCAAGCCCUUAUUCAAUUAACGAUCUUUGAUCUUUUCUUUUCUCACGAGCGCGGUAGAAUGGUGGCCAUCUACAUUUUCUUCCAGCAGCUGGGCUCUAUCUUGGGCCUGAUUCUGGGAGGGUACAUCACCGAUGGUAUCGGCUGGAGAUGGAGCCAGCCUAUUGUUGCGAUUGCAUGCGGCAUCUUGAUCUUACUAUUCAUCUUCACGUUCGAUGAUACCAUGUUCCCGAGAUACCGAUUCGGGAACAGCGGCCCUUCAGCUGUGAAGACUGAGACUUGCACCACGCAGGAUGACGCACAAGUCACCUCUGAAAAGGAUCAGAAGCUGGAACCGUCUACAUCCGUCGCUGUAAGCCAUGGCGCUGGCGAAGUCGACAUUCCCCCUCGGACCUAUCGCCAGAAAGUCGCCCUGAUCCACUACCUCGAAGAUGACCAGACAACUUGGUACCAGUACUUCCGUCGCCCGUUCUUCCUCUUUGCGUUUCCAAAUAUCGUGCUGGCCGGCAUCCAAUUCGCGUUUGGCUGUACAGCCGGCAUCAUCUCUUUCAACACCAUCUCGGAGAUCAUGACGGAGCCACCAUACAACUGGAGUGCAGGCUCAGUAGGCCUACUAUUCCUAGCUGCUCUCGUCGGUAACUUCAUCGGCAUGGGCAUCGGAUCCUUCUCAGACUGGAUCGUGCUCUUCCUAGCCCGUCGGAACAAAGGCUACAAAGAGCCCGAGAUGCGUCUCUGGGCCUAUAUCCUCCCGAUUAUCCUCGCCGCUAUAGGCUACUUCACCUACGGCUGGGGCGCCACCGCGGGGGACCACUGGAUCUCGAUCGCCGUCGGGCUCUGCUGCAUGAUCGCACAGCAAGUCUCCGCGACGAGUAUCGCGACCGCAUAUGCAAUGGAGUGCUUCGACCGGAUUUCCGGAGAACUCGUCAUCGUCCUCGCGAUUUGCUCCUCCUGCAUCAACUUCGCCAUCUCCUUCUCCGUGCAGCAUUUCAUCGAUGCAACGAAUUACGGCUGGACGCUUACAUUCUUUGGUAUCUGGGUGCUUUUGUCCAUGCUUAUGGCUGGGCCGAUGUUGAUCUGGGGGAAGAGCUGGAGACGGAGGUGUAAGGGGCGUUAUGAGAAAUUCCUUGCUGAGACUGGACGCUCCGUUUCGUAGAUAUUUGCUCGGGUUGUCUGCGCUUCGAAAAGCAGGUAUGAGAAAGUAUUUGGAUGUCGAGAG